CUGGGCUCCUCGUGCUCAUGAGGCUUAGACCAUGUUGAGUCCAACUUUUCUUCCAUGGGAUGUUGGAUACCAUUUGUAUACCUAUGGCUCCAUCCUACUUAUGCUCCUCAUUAUCUGGCAAGUGAAAAGGAGUUACCAUGGCUCAAGGCUGGCACCUAAAAAGAGCUGCUGCCAGAGACACCAAAAAAUCAAGCAAAGGGCAAAAGAUGCAGCAGCAUCAAAAGCUAGGGGAUGUUCCAGGAAAGAAGCCAAGGAGCCCAGGGAGCUGCUCUCUCUCAUGAAAAGUGAACUCACUUCCUGGGGCAGCACUCAGACAGGAGCCUGUCAUUUUAACCUCUGCUUAAAGAUCUUCAGAGAUGGGACCACAGGCAUCCAAGGAGGCAGACUGCAACCGCUCCAGUGUGCCGACCCCAGCUGCAACACCUGCAAUGCUGUGGCUAGGAACAUCAAGCAUCUGCUGAUGGGAGGGACCAGCCUGACCUCCUCGUCUUCAGCGGGGCCACCUCAGGGCUCCCCUUGCAUACACAGCAUGGCCAUGCCUAGUGGUUUGAUCCAGCAGAAUCCAGAACACCAAGCCUUCUUCUCCACACACUUCUCUCUCCCACUGUCAACCCCUAUGGUGUCACAAUUCAGAGACCAGAAAUCCUUCACCCAGUCAGUGGUCCAAUCACACACCACAGUCAGCAUCCAGGAUUACUGGACUGAACACCUCCCUCUGACACAACAAAUUCAAGGGCUACGGGUGCUCAGAGGUCCAGAGAGCAUGUGCUCCUUCAUGCUGGAAGAGCCUCGGGUUCCAGUGAGCCAGCUGGUGACAAUACAGACCAACUCCAACUUCAUCUAUGAGAACCAAGGGCAGCAGCCCAUGAAGGCCCCGCUCUCAGUGCUGACCGUCAACCAAGAGACCACCUCCGCC